AUGUGCCGAGUCAAACAUCUCAUCUUUCCCAAUAGAAAUUCGUGGCCACAUUUCCAUUCGUGGUACCAUUUUGACUGCUUCUUCGACCACAUCAAUGAUGAUAUUUACUUCACCAAAAUCAGUGGAAUCGAUUCGCUACCUUGGAAACAUCAAAACUUGCUCCAGACUCGAAUCAAGCAAUUUAGAGAUUUCACCGAACAAGAAUUCAUCGUUUACCACAGUGUGAUGGAGCUCUCUUCUUUGAAUGUGCAGAGGUCAAAAUCAAAUGGAGAAAAGUGUCAGAAAUGUUUGACUAACUUCGCAAGAGGAGAGAUCAGAGUCGUUUCAAGACUACAAGUUCUACACUUCAAAUGCCACGUCAAUGUCUUCAGUAAAAUUGAAGGGCAACUAGAAGAUAUUCCCGGCUGGGACAAAUUCGGAAAGGAGGCGAGAAAGCUCAUCAUGGCAGAUUACGCCGCGAUUGGUGAUUCGAAGAAGCCAAACAAAAAGACACUAAAAGAAAAUGGACUCAAAACAGCAGCACGACCAUUGUCUGAUGACACUGACGAGGAUGAAAUUCAAAUAACCAGUGUCAAUGGUCCUUGCUCAUCAAUGAACUUCAAGAAAAAACGUCCAGCUGCCAAGGAAAUUGACGGAAGGGAAGAAGAAAAGAAAAGAAGGAAACUGGACGAGGCAGCUAAAAAAGCACAACAUUUUGAACGCCGUAUGGAGGCUCAAGUCAACCGACUCUUCGAGUGCCGUCAAUUUCUCAAGAAGCUAUCGGAUUCAGAGAUAUUGGAGCUAUUCUCCAAAAACUCUCAAGAAAUUUCUGGAGAGGAGCAACGCCAAGAAUCACAACUUAUUGAUCGGCUUGCGGAUUAUAUUGUGUUCGGAGUGCCGACCGCUUGUUCAAACUGCUCCAACGGGUACAUUGUGUACAACUCAACUCGUCAGACGUAUGCGUGCACUGGAUACGUAACACCAUACACAAAAUGUCUUUUUGAAUCGAAGAACCCAGUGAGAAACGCUUUCAAGGCUACUGAUUGUUUUCGGCAUAAAUGCUCUCCGAAUAUUUGUUUCAAAUCAUUAUCGGAACGUCUUUAUUUUGAUGAAGAAAAAGACGAUGACGUUUCUGAACAGAAAAAUGAUAAGCCGCUUAUGUACGCAGCUGAAGUGUUCGAUUUGAAUAAUGAGGUCCCAACAACCACUAACGAGGAUUCUAACACUCAUUUCCUCAAAAAAGGAACCCUGGUGGAUGGAAAAUUCGAGUUUGCCAAAACAACUCAUGUGUUCAAGAAUGAAGUCGAUGAAGCUCUCUACCAAGCGACGCUCUCAUUGACUGAUGUCACCGAAAACAAAAACUCGUAUUACAAAAUUCAGUUGUUGAAGGAUGAUGAUCACGAGCGCUACUAUUUAUUCAGUUCAUGGGGACGAGUGGGUACCAAUGUUGGCAACCACAAGUAUCAGUCCUAUUUCAAGAAAAAUGAGGCGGUGGAGGACUUCAAGAAGAUUUUCAACGAGAAGACGAAAAAUAACUGGGAGAGUAGAGGAGAUUUUCAGAAAAUGCCUGGAGCAUUCGGUUAUGUCGAAACGGAUUAUUCGGAAUUUGCUCAAAUCGCUCCCGGAACCAAAACCAAGCUCCCUAAACGAGUCAAAAAGGUCGUCAUGUCGAUCUUCAACUUUGAAAAUAUGAUUUCCGAAUUGAUGUCAUUCAAGAUAGAUGUCAAAAGGAUGCCACUCGGACGUCUUUCCCGAAAUCAAAUUCAUUCGGCAUUUUCGGUUCUCGGUGAGUUCAUGGGAUUUAUCUUCAAUGAGCCGGUGGAUGAAAUGAAAAUCCUUGAUUGCACCAACAAAUUCUACACCAUCAUUCCUCACAACUUUGGGAUGGAAGUGCCGGAGCCGAUUGACAGUUACGAGAAGGUCGAUGAGAAGAUUAAUAUGCUGCACGCACUUCUGGAUAUCAAAUUCGUUUAUGAUCAAAUCUGUGAAAAAGAUACAAUGAGUGUCCUUGGCGUAGAUCCGGUGGAUUCAAAUUAUCAAAGGUUAAGAUGUUCAAUGACGCCUCUCGACAAAAACUCUUUCGAUUACGAGUUGAUUAAAGAGUAUAUGAAGAAUACUCAAGGAUCGACUCAUGAUGUGAACUGUGAUCUGAUUGAUAUUCUCGAAAUCAAUCGACAGUGGGAGUCCACAAAAUUCAAGAAAGAAAUCGGAAACCGACGUCUUCUCUGGCAUGGUUCUGGCCUGAUGAACUUGGCUGGAAUCCUCGGUCAAGGCCUUCGAAUUUCUCCUCCAGAAGCCCCAGCAACCGGAUACAUGUUUGGAAAAGGAGUUUAUUUUGCCGACAUGUUCAGUAAAAGUUUAUUUUACUGCCGAGCAAACGCUCAGGAUGAGGCAUACCUGCUGCUGUGCGAUGUAGCACUCGGAAAUAUGGACCUGAGGAUGCAAGCGACAGACAUGUCAAAGGACACACUUCUAGAAGGGACUAACUCGGUUAAAGGUGUUGGCCGGGAAUGUCCUGAUCAAAAUGAUAACUUCAUUCAUUUCGAAGAAGUCGUGAUCCCAAAAGGCAAAAGGGUCCAACAAAUUCGAGGAAUCAUAGACGUCGACUACUUUCUCCUAUACAAUGAAUACAUUGUAUACGACGUGGACCAAAUUCAAAUCAAAUAUCUGGUUCGUGUCAAAGUGCAUCGCGCUGAACAUUUAUAG